GUAUGCAGUCGUAGUAAGAGCAUGCGCAGUGCGUGAAAAGAAUACGGCGAACAUUCAAAGUUUUUGUUCAAUUUUUGUGCCACAACACCGACCAACAAGCAGACUAUGUUUGGCUUUCACAAGUCAAAGAUCUACCGGAGUAACGACGGCUGUUGCAUCUGCAAGACCAAGUCCUCCAGUUCACGCUUCACAGACAGCAGUCGAUAUGAGGAGACCUUCGGGCUGUGUUUUGGGCUGUCAGAAGAUCGUGUUGGAGACAUUUGUAAUGCCUGUGUGUUACUGGUGAAGAGGUGGAAGAAGCUACCUAAUGGCUCCAAGAAAAACUGGAACCACGUGGUGGAUGCCAGAGCUGGCCCAGGCUUUAAGAUGACAAAACCUAAAAAGAUCAAGAACAGUGAUGGGAAGAAGAAAAGCAAGCUAAAGAAGCUUCACAAGUUAAAGAGACAAACAGACUCAGAUGCCCACAGCACCACCUCCAGUGUGUCUCCUGCACAGUCGCCCAGUUACAGCAACCAGUCAGAUGAUGGCUCAGACAUUGAAUCCAAACAAAGACGCCCAACGCCCUCCAUCUUCUCUUUCCUGGACCGCUCGUACUGGAAAAGACAAAAGGUGUGCUGUGGGAUUGUCUAUAAGGGGCGGUUCGGAGAGGUGAUUAUUGAUCCUCGACUCUUCAAGCCCUGCUGCAGUUCCAAAAAACAGAAGACGUUGGCGUCCACGCAGGUGGCCACGCAUCUUCCAGACACACUUCCUCCAGAGCUGCCGGGAGACAUGAAAGAAACCUGGUGAUUGCUUCUGUUGAAUCCCCCUUCAGGGUUAUCCAUGGCAUCCACCUGGAUUUGUCUCCAGUGGCAGACCUCCCAUUUCCAUCUCCCAAUUAGACCAGUUAGUUAGUUGUUUCUUAUCUUUGUAAUGUUCCUUUUUAUAUGGGUAUUUUUUUUACAUUUUUGUAUAGAGUUGAUUUUCUUUUUUUUUAUAGAAAGCAAAAGGAAAAAAAAAAAACAAAACUUAAGGGCAUUAGUGUUAUUUAUAGGUUGAGGAAGCAAAUUUUUCUCGAGGCUCCGUUUCUGAAUUGUUUUUGAUUAUUCUGUAUUAACGUUUUGUAAAUAUUUUGUCACCUUUUCAUACAUAUCAAGACUUCUUUUUUCAUGUUUUUUUCAUAAUUUGUCUAACUGUAAGUGUGCAUAUGAAAGACACCAGCUAUUCUAACACCAGCUUUUUGUGUGUAUGUUGGAGUGGCUCUUCAACAUGUUGCUGCAAUGUUUUGUCUGAUCUGUUUUUUUUUUCUGUAUGUGCGAAUGCAUGAGUCUGUAGGAUGUUUAGUACACAAAUGGCUGUUGUUUACCCCAGGGAUCAUUAGUACAACUGUUGUAUGAAUUUAAUAAGCUUUUAAUGCAUGUGUAGAUAAGAACACAUAAUAUCUGUCAACAUUUUCACAGCUUGAGCACGCUACAAGUUUGAAACACUCCAUUCUGAUUUGUUGGUGCACACUGCGUCGGAUAGAUGUGGUUAGACCAUGCAUGCAGUACAUUCCUCCGCCUUUUGGAAUGACAAAAGUUAUUUAUUUCUUUUGUACAGCCUCCAAUGAAACGACAAUGCAUGUUGUAAAGCAAAUGUUUUUAAAUGAAUUGUGUAAAUACACAGCGUUUUGGCUCUUGGUACAUCCAAAACUUUUUAAAUUGCAGAAAUAGCAAACAACUAAUUCUGUUUUUUAAAAACAAGUUUUUGCGUGUCUGAAAGGUGCUGAAAAUGUUCACUUAUGCUAAGUCAGUUGAAAGGUUUUAAUCACAUUUUCACAUCUCAUUUUCUCAGGCAUAAUUCUGUAAAGCAAUGAAAAGCUAUAGCCUAUGCUCUGCAGAAAUAUUUGUAAACUGCAGGGAACAGUAGAUUUUUAAUUUGCAGCGUCACCCAGUGAGCUGCAGUAUUCCAUGUCUGAUUGCCAGUGGCAUGCAAUGGUCAAAAGCUGAAAAUACAGGAAACAAAUAACCUAUGUUCUAUAGUUACUCUACAUUUUUGCCGAAAAAUACUGUUAGAGAAAAUGUGUGAUUACCGUUGCUGUGAUUUAUUUUUAGAAGCAAUUGUCAAAGUUCAAACUAUGCAGACAUUUUGAAUGUGAGAAGUGCUCUGGGGCUGUCAGUCGCUUUCACUAUUGUAGUGUAAAGUGAUGGAUCCUUAAUCAACCAAAUUGGCUUGUAAAAAGCAUCCAUUAUUUCAGCAAUAAUUUUACAUUUUCCUAAUCAAAAUCCAUUUGUCUCAAGAUAUUUCUUAUGUGUGUCUUGUAUAAAAAUAAUGCUCAGACUGCAGUUUUAGCCAUGGUGCGUACUGUCUCUGGAAUUAAUACUGUAGUGACACGGUUGCUUUUUUUCAUUAUUGUAACCAAUUUCAAACUUCAUGAAUUGACAGGCGAUGCUCUGUAAAGUUGCUUAAUAUAUUAACAUUUCUGCGGCAGGGUAGUUUAAUGCUGAACAUUUUUUUUAUGAUUCUCAUUAAAAGGAGAAAUGCUGCUCCCUUUUAAGCUGGGAAAUAAGCUUGUUUUUGUCCUUAGGGAGUUGCCAUAUUGUUUUUGCGAGGUACAUUUUGGGAUGUGAGAUGUGCCUUAAUGAAUUACCUGACCUUGUCAUUAUGAUUCUUGUGUAAUUUAUAUUUAUUUAUUGCAAAAACUUUUUUUUUGUAACUGACAUUUUGAUAACUGGUGUAGAGCCUUUCAGAACGUCUGUGCACUUCUUUUGAUCUUGCAAUGUAGUUUUCUCUAAAAUACUUUUUUUUGUAUA